AUGGAGCGCCCGCUCAACCUCAGCUGCCUCGCCGAUACGACGCCGGACAGCGGCAACAGGAGCGGGUCCUCCGCCGGCCCCGAGGGCGGCCAGGCCCAUCUCUCCGUCUUCAGCGUGUUGGUCCUCACGCUGUUGGCCAUGCUGGUGGUGGCCACGUUCCUCUGGAACGGGCUGGUCCUGGCCACCAUCCUCCGCGUGCGCAGUUUCCACCGCGUGCCCCACAACCUGGUGGCCUCCAUGGCCAUCUCUGACGUGAUGGUGGCGGCCCUCGUCAUGCCCCUCAGCCUGGUGCACGAGUUGUCCGGGCGGCGGUGGCGGCUGGGCCGGUCGCUCUGCCAGGUGUGGAUCUCCUUCGAUGUGCUGUGCUGCACGGCCAGCAUCUGGAAUGUCACGGCCAUUGCCCUCGACCGCUACUGGUCCAUCACCCGUCACCUGGAGUACACGCUCCGCACCCGGCGCCGCAUCUCCAACAUCAUGAUUGCUCUCACCUGGGCGCUCUCCGCCUUUAUCUCUCUGGCCCCACUGCUCUUUGGCUGGGGAGAGACUUACUCAGAGGACAGUGAAGAGUGCCAAGUCAGCCAGGAGCCCUCCUACACCAUCUUCUCCACGUUCGGGGCCUUCUACCUGCCCCUCUGCGUGGUGCUCUUUGUGUACUGGAAGAUCUACAAGGCUGCCAAGUUUCGAAUCGGAUCUCGCAAGAGCAACUCCAUCACCCCCAUUACACCAGAAGCGCUGGAGGUAAAGGAAGCGGCCCAGCAGCCACAGAUGGUCUUCACUGUCCGUCACGCCACUGUUACGUUCCAGACGGACGGAGACACGUGGAGAGAGCAGAAGGAAAAGAAAGCUGCCCUCAUGGUGGGCAUCCUUAUCGGGGUCUUUGUGCUCUGCUGGAUCCCCUUCUUCAUCACAGAGCUCAUCAAUCCACUCUGCUCAUGUGACAUCCCACCUGUUUGGAAGAGCAUUUUUCUAUGGCUGGGCUAUUCAAAUUCCUUUUUUAAUCCACUCAUCUACACUGCUUUCAACAAAAACUACAACAAUGCCUUCAGGAACCUAUUCUUUAGGCAGCAGUGA